UCUAAAAAAUUCUUUUCAGGAUCACAGAUCAUAGAUCACUUGAGAGUUUCCUGAACCUCAUCUGGUGAAAGAGAAUAGCGCUAAAGCUAUAGUACACUACUCAUGAUAAAGCUUUUGCAAAAGCUGGUAUUGGGUAUGUACCACCAUAUAUUAUAUCAUAAACAUAUAUGAAGAAAUAAUGUAACAAAAAGUGAGAGAGAGAGAGAGAGAGAGAGAGAGAGAGAGAGAGAGAGAGAGAGAGGACAAAAAAAACAUUAAAAUCCAUUUUGAAUUGGGUUUUCUUGAGAUUACAUUAUAUAGUAAGAGAUAAUCAAUAUAGAGGUUGUUUAUGAUGAGAGGAGGUAUAUAUAUAUAGUGCAGUGAGUGUGGUAGUAAAAUAGGUAGAAAAUUAAAAAGAAGAGGUGAAUUUAAUCAUAUCAGAUCAAAGACAAAUGAUGGCUGGAAACCCUAACUGGUGGAGCAUUCAAUAUCCACCAUCUCAAUCUCAAACGACCACUCUCAGCUUUCCUCCUCCUCAUCAUCACCAGACUACUUAUAUGCUUGGAUCUUCAUCUUCUUCACUUCCUCCUUUCAAUUAUUCCAAUAAUUUCCCUCCUGAUGAAGACCCUCCAAUACCCUCCUCCUGGAGCCAAUUUCUUUUGGGUACUAAUGGUUCUUCGGGAAAUAAUGAUGAAGAUAAGUUCGGUAAUAAUACUAUUAGUACUCUGAGUCAUCAUCAUUUUCAACCUAGGAAGUUGGAAAAUUGGGAUGAAGACCAACGACCACUCUUACUUGGAAAUAAUAAUAAUAAUGAUUCACCAGCUCAUGUAGUCAAGCUUCCGGCCGCCGCCGCUUCUGCCACAACCACCGUGGACGGCGUCGAUCAGGAUGAGGGUGUAAAGCAAGAGGGAAGUUCCAUGAAAAGAGGGUUGGUGUAUAGUCAAUUAGGCAGAGAAGAAGAGUGCUUACAGGGAAUGAAUAGGUCCAAUAAUAAUAUUAGUUGGUCACCUCAAGCACUAGUUUCUUCACCUAAGUCUUGUGUCACUACUGCUACUACUAGUUUAGGUAGUAAUAAUAUGUUGGAUUUCUCGUAUUAUAAUAACAGCCCAGAUGAAAGUUCAAACCAAAAUACAGACCAUUUCUCUGAGUGUCAUAGCACAGAUUCCAGAGGACCGAGUAAUAAGAAGGCUAGGGUUCAGGCAUCCUCAAGCCAACCACCUUUAAAGGUGAGGAAGGAGAAGCUAGGUGAUAGAAUAACGGCACUUCACCAGCUAGUUUCCCCAUUUGGGAAGACUGACACUGCUUCUGUGUUGUUAGAAGCCAUUGGGUAUAUCAGAUUCCUUCACACUCAAAUUGAGGCCCUGAGCUCUCCUUACUUGGGUAAUGCAUCGAAAAACAUGAGGAAUUUUAACCAACAAUAUGUGAAUAAUGGAGAGGAUGAUGAUGAUGAGAAGGCAAAAGAGCUAAAGAGUAGAGGGCUGUGUCUGGUUCCAGUGUCUUUCACCGAACACGUUGGAAGUGAUAAUGGAGCUGAUUAUUGGGCUCCGGCGGCUUACGGAAGUGGGUUCUGAUCACUGCAUUAUAUGCCUAAUUAAUUAAUAAACCUAUCUAUAUAUACCACUAAUAAUAUUAUUAAUUAUUAAUUAUUAAUAGGGCAUUAUAUUGCUUAUUAUUAUUAUUAAUUAGUCAUCUCAUAUUGUUAUAACAUCAUGAGCGGUCACUCUGUUGUAAUUUAAGGUUGAGUGCUCAUGAUGCUAUAUGCAUGCAUUUAUAUAUAUUUCUUGAUCAAAUAUCAUAUAUAUAAUUAAUGUAAGAUCUAAUUAAGUGGUUAUAUAAUAUAUAUAGUAUUAAUUGAUCGUA